CGGUGCGUAGAGGAGCCGGUUCCAAAUAGUCCCCCCGCCGCCGCCGCCGCCCACAUUCAAGAACCCCAGUCUCCGGCCAUGUCCCCGAAGCGCUCCGCGAAGAUGGCGGCACCUCCGACCCCGCAUCCGCCUCCGCCUCCGCCUGCCUCAUCCGAGGAGACUGGCUCCCGCUCGAGCUCUGAAGAGUCGGAGGACGCCAUCGCCGACUCCCCACCUUCCGCCAACACGCGUGCGCCCCCGCAGAAGGGCGAGGAGGACGACGAGUCUGAGCAGGAUGAGUCCGACGACGAGGAGGAGGAGCCCGUCCACGCCGCCCUGACCCCCAAGUACCAGCCUCCGCCGCAGCAACAGAGAGAGGGCUCGGAAUCUUCGGACGACGAGGAGGAAGAAGAGGAAGAGGAGCCCGCCCUGGCCGCCCCUCCCUACUCUCCCAAGAAACGGCCUACACCGCAGCAGAUCGAAGAGGAGGAUGAGUCCGAGGAGGAGGAGGAGGAGGAGGAGCCCGCCCACGCUGCCCCAACCGCUGCCCCCACCACCAAGUACCAGCCUCCGCCGCAGCAACAGAAAGAGGGCUCGGAAUCUUCCGACGACGAGGAGGAGGAAGAAGAGGAAGAGGAGCCUACUCAGUCAGCCCCUCCCUCUGCUCCCACGAAACGGCCUCCACCGCAGCAGAUCGAUGAGGAAGAAGAGGAGGGUGAGUCCGAGGAGGAGAAGCCGCCGAAGCUGGCUCCAAAGCAGCUGCCAGAGGGCGUGAAAACCACGGCCGUGGCCGAGACCAAGAAGCCAGCUGCGUUCAGCCGCAUCUGGUCCACCGACGAUGAGGUACGUAUCCUUGAGGCCCUUGCCGUUCACCAAAAGCAGCACGGCACGCUGCCGCAGUCGGAUGCUCUCCUGGACGCCCUUGCAGGCAAGCUCGACAACCGUGCCUACGGCCGCAAGGAGCUCAAGGUCAAGGUCGGAACCCUGAAGCGUCGGUACCAUGCUCUCAGCAAGAGGGGCGAGCUGCUGAGCAAGGAACACGACCGCCAGGUGUUGGACCUUUCCAAGACCGUCUGGGGCGGUGACAAGAGCACCGCCGCAGCUGCCUCCGUAAAGACAACGGCGAGUGGCCACAAGCGCAAGAGCUUCGAGGAGAUGUGCGAGCUGUACCCGUACUUAGCGGAGGACGUGAAGGAGCUGAUGGUGGAGAACCCGGGCAUGUUCAAGAGUGACUUCGGGAAGAUGGAUCAUGAAAAGGCACGCGUGAUGAAUGAGAAGAUCAAGAGGCAGAGGGUGGCACAAAUGAAGCUGGGGCUGCGCCGCCACGACCUGAUCAGGGAGGUGACCAAGACAAUCAUCGACCUGGUCGACUGAUGGGAGCUGCGUAUCAGGGACAGGGUGUUCUUUGUUGGUGUAAACGGAUGUUUUUCUGCAUGACGAGAUCAUAUAUGCUGGGAAUUGAAUGUUGUGCCAACUCUGGCGAUUUAAGGUUUUUUUGUGUGCUAGUAUGGGUAGAACUUGUGUCUUUUUUGAGUGGCAAGCUGAAUUAUGAAUUGGGAUGCUUUUUGCACGACAAGAGCAUAUGCUGGAAUUGUAAGUUUUGCAAUAGUGUUUUCUUGUGUGUGAUGGGUGCAUGCUAGAAUUGGCAAACUGUGGCGUGUUGACUGAACAUGCAUGAUUAGAGGAGCAUGAUCGCUGAUUAUGAAAUGCUCGCUCAAUGAGUUGGUUCAGUGAUGCUAUUUUGUUCUUCAGUUUUGACAGCUCGUU